UAAUAUGUCCUCUGGUUCUGCUUGAGUGAAAAAACAGUGUUUGAAAACUUUCCAUCAAUAUUUAUAGUAAUUCCGAGAAUUCGCCAUGACGAGUUUGAAAAUCACAGUGGUGGGAGAUGGUAUUGUUGGAAAGACCUGCAUGCUGAGUACUUAUACCAAAGGAGUUUUUCCAGCAGAAUACGUACCAACAGUAUUCGAGCACUAUGGCCAGAAAAUAACAGUAGACGACGUCGAAUAUGAUAUGACAUUAUGGGACACAGCUGGACAAGAAGAUUAUGAAAGGCUGAGGCCUCUUUCCUACCCGCAUACAAACUGUUUCCUUGUUUGUUUUUCCGUCGAUAAAAACUUGGCAUCAUACGAUAACGUUGCCCUAAAAUGGGUUCCAGAAGUGAGACAUUUUGGGCCGAACGUUCCAAUACUUUUAGUAGGUAUGUAUAGAUUCAAUUUAAUUAUAAAAAGAUAA